UAAACCAGUUAAAGUGUUUACUGUUUUGAAAAUCGGAAAUAAUAAAUUGCCUAUUCAUAGUAUUUAUAAAAUUAAGUCAUUGUUAAAGUUGGUAGAAAGCAUCUUCUUUUUAUCUGAACAGCCAAUAAAUAAGAUAAGCGAAACCUUAUAUUCUAAAAAAUUAACAUAAUAAAUAUAACGCCAUCUAAUAAAACAUGUCGGAUCUUCAUAAAAGUGUGAUGAAAAGCAAACUUCCUCCAAAAAUGCCUCGAACUUCAGGAGUAUCUAAACUAGCACCAUAUGGUUCUGCUCGCAAACGUGACUAUACACCCGUGUCUUGGAAAGUAUAUUUUGAGAAACAUUCAGAUAUUGAGACAGACGCUGGCACAUUCAGAGUUUAUCUAUCACCAGAGCCUGAUCAGCCACAAAGACCCCGGAUUAUCACACUGCAUGGAGGAGGUUAUUCUGGACUUAGUUGGGCUCUAUUUACUGAAGAAAUUACCAGUAUGAUACAUUGCCAGGUGGUUUCAAUGGAUAUCAGAGGUCAUGGAGAGACACAUGCUAAGGAUCCUGAUGAUCUUAAUAUUGACACACUGGUGAAAGAUGUGGAACAAGUUAUUCACAAGUUAUAUGGAGAUGAUGAGCUACCCCCUCUCCUCCUGCUGGGUCACUCAAUGGGCGGGGCCAUUGCUGUGAGAACUGCUUAUUCACCAGCACUUGAGCCCUAUAUUGUAGGAGUUGCUGUUAUUGAUGUUGUUGAAGGUACUGCGAUGGAAUCAUUGGCGAGUAUGCAGUCCUUCUUACGUGGCAGACCAACACACUUCAAUAGUAUUGAGCAUGCCAUAGAGUGGUGUGUAAGAAGUGGACAAGUAAGGAAUGUGGAGUCGGCCAAAGUAUCCAUGCCAAGUCAGAUAGUCAAUUGUGCAACUGGAGAUUUGGCCAUAAAGGAAGUUGACACGUACAAGAGCGAAGACACCGCGGGGAACGGCGUGACGCAGCGUGGUGACGUCAUCUUGGAGGAGGGGGAAGAAGGGGAGGGUGCCGAAGGGGACAGCGUUGAGUUCGUGAAGCCAUCCUCCACUACCAGUGGAAACAUGAGAUACCGGUGGCGUGUGGACCUGUCACGCACGGAGCAGCACUGGUCGGGCUGGUUCAGCGGCCUGUCUGGAGCCUUCCUCCGCACGCACGCUCCUCGCCUGCUGCUGCUGGCCUCUGUGGAUGGACUGGACCGCGAGCUCACCGUGGGACAGAUGCAGGGAAAGUUUCAAAUGCAAGUAUUAACGCGUUGCGGGCAUGCUGUACACGAAGACUCUCCGGCCGAGGUAGCGCGGGUUGUAGCGUCGUUCGCGCUUCGACACCGGCUUACGGAGACUACCGAUUUGUACUAGCGAGGUACCACCAGGGGGCGCCACUAGACCCUGACAUUCAUUUGACAGCAGGAAGGCAAAAAGGCUUUAAAUCGUGCUGCAAAUCGUGUUUAGGUGCAGUAAAUUAUGAAAAAAAUAUAAUGUACUUAAGUAUUUCGAAUUGUGAUUAUCUGUCAAAUUAGACAGCACGUUUAUUGAUGUCUCAGUGUGAGGAUGGCAGUUGUCAAAUGUGACGAUGUUAUGUCACAUCUCAAUAAUAAAAUAAUAUAUAUUUAAAUACUCAUAUAAAGUACCUACACUUUAGUUAACAUAGUCGGUAACUAUACAAAUGAUUUGAGUUUUCUUUAGUGUUAAUUCCGCCAAUAUUUGUCUUUAAACAAUACACGAGGCAUCCUCAGGACGUGUUGUCUCGCCAAAAUCUGGCACGAGACAAAACACGUGUCGAAUUGUUUAAAGACAAAUAUUGGCGGAAUUAAAACUAAAGAAAACUCAAAUCAUUUGUAUAAUUAUGGAUUUCCGCAAAGUAACGCCUACUUCAAUAAAUUUUCAUAGCGGUAACUAUAUUUGUUUAAAGAAUACUUUUUUACUAUGAGAGUAUUCCCGGAUAUUGCUCGGAUAACUCGGAUGCUACCCAUGACAUAAAUGAGACCUUUCGUGUAAUUUAGAACUGUUUCACCAAUAGGAAGUUACCAAGGCAUGUGUAUUCUUUAAGUAAUAACAUCCUAAAAUUGAUGGGUUGCUAACAUAUAACGUCUAUAGUUGCAAUUUUUUUUUACAUUUUUGGCCUCAAUUAUGUUGGUUGGUAUGAACCUAUUAAUUUUGUUCCGAUAUUUUAUUACCAAACUUCUAUCGAUUCAAUUGUACAAAUUAAAUAUGUAACCAAAAUUUAUGAACGAUGCUGUACUCGAACCCGCGAUGUCUCGGGUUCCGUUCAGCGCUCUUUCCACCUGAGCCAUCCGUUCGAGCGAAUUGUAUUGUAUUCAAUAGUAUUGAACACCCACUCAUAAAAUUUUUCCUCACGCUACAUACUAAAUUCGUGCAGCAGGCAAAGUCAACAGUGCAUAUUGACGUUUCAUACAACUUAUUUAGAUAAAGCCACGGAACAGUAAAAAAAUAAGGACUCCGUGUCACCUUACAUAACAGUGAAGCACCAAAACAAGCCGGAAAACGAGUAAAUACAUACACGCAUACACUAACACUAAUACAAGCCGAUUGUCCGCCAUUAUGAGAUUUGUCAUCGUCUGUGACAGAUCAGUUUGCGUCGCAAUAAAAUAUUUUAAAAUUGCCGUCGUGCGUUGGGGAAAUGUAUAAAAACGAUACUAUAAAAGUAUUUGUGGCCAUAUAUGAUUAUUUAAGGGAGAAAAAAUUGUGUAUCCCCGUAACUGCACACACACUAGCAUAAGGGUGCUUCACUUGCUAAUAUCACGGUGCGGAGUCCUUCCUUUUUUACUCGUCCGUGGGUAAAGCGUUAUAACACAUCAAACACCUUAUCAGUAUAUUUAGAUUCAUUUGAUAGCAACAAGCCAGCCAUAUAUAUAUAUAUAUAUUAAAUACUCAUACAUAAAGGCUCCAGUUUGCUCACGAAUAAACAAAACAUUGUAAAUUUAAGCAAUGUUAGUAUUUUUAACUUUAAUGAUAGUCUCUUGGUGAAAAGUGUAUAGUAAAUGUGAAAUAAUUGUGAAAAGUAUUAACUUCUUUAAUUUUGCCUCUACAAACGGUCUUUACAUAAUCCUAUAUUAAGAAAUAAUAGUUAAAAAAAACUAAAAAGCACGCUUUAUAUAAAAUUCAACUAAAAAAUAGAAAAUAAAUUUAAAUUGAAAAUAGUGUAAAAAAAUAUAUUUUAUUGUAAAAAAAAAGCGUGGGGUGUAGAAGAAUUAUUAUUUUAAUAAUAUCUUAAAAAGCACCCCACGCCUUUUUUUAACUAUUAUUUAUUUUUCAAUUUUUAGUCAAAUUAGUGUAAUGUCAUCGGUCCUCGAUAAAUCUACAAAGUUUGAACGAAAUCUAGCCGUUUAAAGUGGGUCAAAAUCGCGCCCAAAGAAGUCGGUUACAAACAUACAGGUGAAGCUAAUAUAAACCGUAUAAAGAUUUUGCGUUUGCACUCGCAAGAACUUAUGUCAAAUAUUUGUAUAUUAGUACGCAGGGUUUCUAAAUGACUUAUAUAUUUGUAGAUGUAUAUUCUAAUUGUAGUCGAAACUCGACUUAAGUGGUUAUAAAUUUAUUUGAUACAAGAAGUAAAUGUUAUAGUUUUUGGUAGUUAAAGGAAAGAGUUCUCUUGAAUUUGGUGCAUUUUCAGGCUAUUUAAUUUAUGAACAAAUAAUGCUAUAUUGAAAAUUCAAAGUGGAACUCGACUGAAUUAUAAUGGGCAACUCUGUAACAACGAAUUACUUUAGCUAUUUUUGAUUAUUUCUUAUGAAGUUGCAAUAAAGAAACAGAUACCUCAAUCAUCCCCUAGAUCUAUCUUUUUGCCUAAAAACUUGAUCUUAAAAAUGGAGUUUUUAUUAUUUUGUUGCUAGCAUGUGAAUGUGAUUGUAGAUGAGUAGUAGCGAAGUUGUUUCAAUAAUUAAAUAAAUAUAUUAUAAUAAAUAUUAACAUAAAUCUCAGUGACAUAUUAAAAAAAAUCUUAAUUUAAAAGCAAAGUUUAUGCACUGUCCGAUACAUUGACUCUAACAUACAAAUGAGAAAUUAUUAUGUCACAGUAUACUUACAUAAGCAUUUCACAGGCAAGUUUCUGAAGCAUUUUUUUAAAUUGAUAUACGAUUUUGAACUAUGCAUACCAUGACACAUAGGUGGGCAGAUAUUAUGGUUAUCAAUAGGUUUUAUGAUAUUUUUUUUUACUUAAUAAGGCAUUUAUUUCACCUUUGAAAAUAUUAGUUGCAUCACCUUGCAUAUAUUGUUAUUGAAAAGAGUUUCAAUGAGUUUCUUGUCAAGUGGUGCUAAAUGUAAAAGUCACACAUUGUUCGAAAUUGGUUAGAGUACGCCCACUUGGGCGUAGUAUUAUUUGCCGCACUUUGCGACUACGCCUGCGGUAUAUCUAGGUGGAGCGCAGCGGAGACCAAUCCUUAAUCUAAGGUUCUGAUACCUACGUUAGUGUCAGUGAGGCCGGAAUCGCUCUGGUCGGAAGUAGAACUUUAUUACUUUUCAUGUCUUUAAAAUAAUUAUUAGUACAUAAUUCUAUUACUCUAAGUUCUUUUCAAGUUCCUGUGGAAUCAUCAACCUUACAUACACACUGACUUGGAAUAAGGAAUGCAAUUAUUAAAAGUGGGUAGUUGCAAAUUAUCUAUUGUGCAUUACUAAUGCUUCAAAUAGAUUAUUGAGUGAGUUCACGACUAUUUAUUUUUUUGGCAAAGUAUUUAUAAGUCUAGUAGAAUUUAGAAGAAAAAAGUAUUAUAUUUUAUUCGUAAAUAUUAUAUUUAGAUUAGAUUCUCAAAUUUAUGUAAAUGAAGUACUCAUACUUAUUCAUGCUCACUUGCAAAUUACUAAAACACAUUUAGACGCGACGGUAUGGAAUUAAAUUAUUUUGUUGGCAUAACUUGACUUAAAAUCUUUUUUUCAUGAUAAUUUAAAUUUUACCUGUUAAAUACUUAUAUAAAUAUAAUAUAUAUAUAAUAAUAAAUUUAAAAUGCAUAAAUCUACCAAAAUUAAAAGGUCUUUUGGUGUGUAUCUUAAGCGGCGUCAUUGAAUGAGUCACUGAUAGAUGACGUCAGCGGUGACAUGCGCUUGUCACAUACCUAUUAGUUUCGUUUACCUCGAGAUACCUCGGGUUGGUAUUUUCUAAGGAAUUAUUAUUAUUAUUAUCGUUACAUUUUAUUGAUCAUGUUUGCUGUCGUGUUUGUGAACGCAUACAAAAUAUACUUAUUGAAAAAUUUUUUAAUCGACUGCUACAGAUAAUUUUUACGGCUGACCGCAUUUUGACGGCUGUCGUAUUUUACACAGAUAAAGUUUUAAAAUUUAAAAAAAAUCUUUUAUAGUCUGUUAAAUUACCUUUCUUGUGGUAUAUCGUGUAGCUUGAUUUACUCUGUGUAUAUUUAACGAAAAAAAUAUCUCUGCGCGCGCCCCGCGAACAGACAUAUUAUGUCUAAUUGGCACCUCGGGGGAUUCUCAAAAAGGGUCAUGUAAAACAGUCUCAGUGUGAAAACGAGCAAUAGUCUUAUUUAUGUAACGUAUAAGCUUACGAUAAGUUUAUCUCGAAAAUAGCUACAUAGGUAUUAGAAAGUUGUAUUAAAAAUAAAUUAUUUAUAACGAAGGUGUUGAUGUAUUUAGAAAAAUAAAGCUAUUUGUGUUAUUUUGCUACGAAUGAGUUGAUAUUGUGUUUUCUCCGUGUUAUGUUGAAAUAUGCAUACCAUAUAAUUAAUUGAUUUGAUCAUUUUAUACUCAUAACGACUGGUUGUAAUAUGAAUUUUUUCAUCUUGUAAUUAUGUAAAAAUUGUGAAUAAAUGUGAUUUCAAAUUUUU